AUGUCCGGUGAUCCUCCCAACGAUCCCGAGAUCCUCGCCCAUGUCGACAAGUUUUGGGAGGGCCGCAAGCCUAGCAGCCCCAUCUACCAGUUCCUGCUCGACGACAUCAAGCUGACCUAUGCCUCCAAAGGCGUCGUGCGCGCGCAGCUGCCGCUGACCAAGAACCAUGUAAACACGCACGGAAGCAUCCAUGGCUCAGUCUCUGCCACGCUGAUUGACUGGGUGGGCGGCAUAGCUAUUGCUGCUUGGGACAACAGGACCAAGACGGGCGUAUCUACCGACAUCCACAUCUCAUACCAGAGCGGGGCAAAAGAUGGCGAUACCAUCGAGAUUGAAGGCAGGGCUGGCAAGGUGGGCGGAACCCUCGCCUUCACAACAGCGACCAUAUGGAAGCUCGUCGAUGGCAAGCCGGGCCCGAUUGUAGCCACGGGCUCUCACACCAAGUUUGUAAAGGUGUGA